UGACAAGGCUGGCGUACAUCUCUGUGAUUAGGUAUGUUGUUUACAACGUUUGGCCGGUGUGGUUGAGACUUGAGCCCAACGUUGAGAUCUAAGACUAAAAUCAAUAUUUGUUGUCUUGUUAAGCAUUAGAAUGGCACCAUUUCAAGGAGGGAGAGGUUUUGGUGGACGAGGUGGAGGGCGAGGUGGAAGAGGAGGUUUUGGAGGUGGCCGAGGUGGUUUCAAUGCAGGUCCUCCUGAGCGAGUAAUAGAGUAUGCAGAAUUCAUGCAUUCCUGUGAGGGAGAUUUGGUGUGUCGUGUUGUACACAAGGAUCCGCCACACUUCAAUGCUCCACUUUAUUUUGAAGAUAAAGAAGAGGUAGGAAAAAUUGAUGAAAUUUUUGGAACUCCUGAUGAAAUAUUCAUCUCUGUAAGACUUCCUGAGGCGAAGGCUGCUUCAUCUUUUAACAACAGCAGAAAAUUGUUUAUAGACCCCUACAAACUGCUCCCAAUCUCACGGUUCACAUCUGGUGCUGAAUCUUCCGGUGGUCGUGGAGGUAGCAGAGGACGCGGUGGUGCAAGAGGGGGGCGCGGUGGUGGAUUUGGUGGAGGACGCGGCGGUGGAUUUGGUGGACGCGGGGGUGGUCGUGGAGGUGGAUUUGGUGGUCGUGGUGGUGGUGGAGGGUUUGGUGGUCGUGGUGGUGGUGGAGGGUUUGGUGGUCGUGGUGGUGGUGGAGGCUUCGGUGGCCGAGGAAGUUUCGGAAGAGGUGGCGGGAGAGGGUUUGCCAGAAACUGAGAAUGUUGAUAGCAGUUUAAGUUUGAAAAAAAAUAAUAAAAACUUCAAUAUAUUG